AUGUCGGCGCCCCUCCCUGUGGUGAACCUCCACGACACGGUUGGAGCUCUUCAACUGGGCUCUCUGUUCGCCGUGUUCCUGUUUGGAGUGGUCACUCUUCAGUCUCAUCUGUACUAUCAGCAGUUUAGGCAGGACAAGGUGCAACUCAAGGCUCUGGUUGGUGUAAUAUGGAUUCUUGAAUUGGGCCACACUUUCUGCGUCGCUGCCGAAAUCUACAAGGCGACCAUCAUCUACUAUGGUCAGCCGCAGAAACUCUUCCCCUUUCCAUUCUUGGGAGCAUCGACGGCAGUUGGAGGAAGCAUUGCAUUCCUCGCUCAUAGUUUCUUCGCCUCGCGUGUCUGGAAGGUCCUACCCAAGCCAUGGAACUUCAUCGGCUUGUUCUGCUUCGUCGUCGCCGUGGUUCGCUUCGUCGGAAGUAUCGUACUGGGAGUCAACGCCGUCAAGGCCACCGUUCUGGAGGACUACCGAAACGACUGGGGGUGGCUGAUCAUGUCGCUGUUAAUGGCCGGGGCUGCGAUCGACGUCAUCAUCGCGGGUUCGAUGUUGUCCUAUCUCUACAACCAGAGGGACAAGGUGUUUUCCAGAUCUGUGCGAUUGAUUGACCGCUUGGUUCAGUAUACCAUCUGUACUGCGUUGCUCCCGAGUCUGUCAGCGGUGGUCAUGGUCAUCUGCUUCCAUGUGAAGCCGACAGCGAUGAUAUGGCUCGCAGUUUACUCUUGCCUGGCGAAACUCUAUUCCAACUGCGUACUCGCAUCGCUGAACUCGCGAGCAGAAUUGAGGGCAUCUACGCAUGCAUCCUCCCUCGGUACUUCAUCAAAGCCGAACAGAACAGGUCCCUCCCUGAAUGCAGCUGACCCCAACUUGUCGAUUUCGUUCGAGAUGAAGUCGACGUUCCAUACCACACAAGAUAACGACGGGGGAGAAUUUUCGACGAAAUACCCCACCGUACACACCCCACAGAAUGACUCCGUCCACAAACUAGUAUGA